AUGACGCCGCGAGGAGGAGGGGCGAAGAGGCGGCGCUCAGCCAAUGAGAGGCAGGGAGGGGCGGAGAGGGAAGAUGGCGGCCGGCGGAGGGUGCGCGCCGGAGCAGGAGCAGUUCGAGGACGCUCCCGAUGUGGAACCGUUGGAACCAACGUUGGGGAAUGUGGUGGAACAGAAGAGUCUGAAGUGGAUCUUCGUGGGGGGGAAGGGAGGAGUGGGGAAGACAACGUGCAGGACCUGUUCUCAGCCUUCACCAUCACCUCAGUGCAGGAGAUGAACUUAGGGGGGUUUCAGCCCCUUGAUGCCAUCUCCCGUCUGGUCUGGACCCCAACCACAGGUCCAUCCCAGUCCAAACCAGUAACCAAACUGGACCCUCGGCGGGUGACACUGCAGCCUAUGGACAUCAGGACGUUCCUGGUGCAUUAUGAGGGGCCUGGAGCAGCUCAUGGGGGGCUCUGAGCAUCCUUGGGGGGGUUUGGGGGGGUCCCUGUUCUGU